AUGGCUUUCUGUGGCCCAUCCUGUGCUGUCCCAUCCUGUGCUUCCACCCCCACCGUUGGAUUUGGAUCUGCAGCUCUUCAUAGACGCGGAAGUCUUGGCUACGGAUACGGAGGUCUUGGCUACGGCUAUGGAGGUCUCGGCUAUGGUUAUGGAGGUGCUGAAAGAGCAGCCAAUCUUGGUGUCCUGGACGGAGUCAUCCCUUCAUGCGUCAACCAGAUCCCACCAGCAGAGGUCGUCAUCCAGCCACCUCCCACUGUCUUGACCAUCCCAGGGCCCAUCCUCUCUGCCAGCUGCGAGCCUGUGUCUGUUGGAGGCAACACUCCAUGUGCUGUUGGUGGUUCCGGGAUCGUAGGGGGUUAUGGCUAUGGAGGGUGGGGCUAUGGGUCUGGCCUCCUUGGAAGCUCUGGGGGCUGGGGCUAUGGUUUGGGCUCCGGGAAGGGGGCACUCCUUGGAAGGAGGUUUGGGCGCCGUGGUAGCAUCUGUUCAUAG